UAAUUUGGUGAUUGGACCUAAAAAUAGUAUCGCGAAGUAAUUGAAGUUCCGCCUCCAAAGCUGCGAGGGUUUUGGGUAUUAGGGUUUUAGUUCCAUUUCUUCACUCUUUUCUCCAUUAUAUUGUUUGGGUUUUAGGGUUUGUAAAAUUUUAGGGUUUUCUUUCGUUAGAGAAGAGCAUUUUGGGGGGAUUCAAUCGCCAUGUGGGCACUUCGAAGAGCUGCAAACCCUCUCAGGAGCCAAAGCCACCGCAUUGUGGUUGCUCGCUCAUGCUGCGCUGAGACCGAGCUUUUGAAUGGAAGUAGUAAGCAUGGAGUUCAUAGCGAAGGAGAGAAACAAGUAAUUGGAGGGUUCGUCCAUCCAAAGCCAUUUUCCUAUUUUUCCUCGAGGUCUUUCUUUUGGACCCGCAAUCUUUCUUCUCAAGCCGGAGCCAAGUCUAGUGACAGUGAAGAUGAUGCACUUGAGGAUGGGUUUUCUGAUUUAGAGACGCCACCAAAAGCUGAUAUAGCUGAUGUAGAGGAUGUGAACUCUGAAGGGGAGAUAUCUGAAGAAGAAGCGGAUAACGCUGAGGGCGCACUUGGAUUAUUGGAUGCGGAGUCUGGUGGUGAGAAGACAGUAGGGACAAGGAUGAAUGCUUCUCCGCUUUUAAAGAUUUUAAUGGAUAGUCCUCGGACAUCUAUUAAUAGUGCCCUUGAUAAAUGGGUUAGUGAAGGUAAGCCUUUGGGACGGCAGGAAAUCUCUCUGGUGUUGCAUAAUCUUCGAAGGCGGCGUUUUUGGGGAAAGGCCUUGCAGUUUCUGGAGUGGGUAGAAGCAAAUGAACGCUUAGAAUUCACAGGUCCUGAUUAUGCUUCUUAUCUGGAUCUCAUUGCCAAAAUACAUGGUAUCCAGAAGGCUGAAAAGUUCAUUGAAAAAAUUCCACAAUCCUUUAAAGGUGAAGUUGUUUACCGAACUCUUCUAGCUAAUUGUGUGGCCUCUGGCAAUGUUAAGAAAUCAGAGGAAGUUUUCAAUAGAAUCAGGGACCUUGAUUUCCCUUUGACAACCUUUGCUUGCAACCAACUACUACUACUUUACAAAAGAAUUGACCGCAAGAAGAUUGCUGACAUCCUCAAACUGAUGGAGAAAGAAAAAGUCAAGCCAUCCUUAUUCACAUACAGGCUUUUGAUCGACACCAAAGGUCGUGAAAAUGACAUUUCGGGCAUGGAGGAGCUUGUGGAGCUGAUGAAAGCUGAAGGCACGGAGCCCGAUUUGGCCAUCCAUUCUAUACUUGCAAGGAACUACAUCUAUGGAAACCUGAAGGAGAAAGCUGAGGCAGUGUUGAAAGAGAUUGAAGGAGAUGACAUCAAAGGAAACCGUGCUGCUUGCAAGGAACUUCUGCCUCUCUACGCUUCUCUUGGCAAAUCAGACGAUGUGGAGAGAAUUUGGAAGGUUUGUGAAGCUAAUCCUCGUCUAGAGGAGUGCUUAGCUGCCACUGAAGCAUGGGGAAAGCUGGGAAAGAUAGAGAAAGCCGAGGAAGUAUUUGAACACAUGGUUAAUACUUGGAAAAGGUUGUCGCCUAGAUACUAUAAUGCUAUGAUAAAGGUUUAUGGUCAACAUAAACUUCUCUCGAAGGGCAAGGAUCUGGCAAAGAGAAUGUCAGAAAAUGGGUGUAAGAUUGGUCCUUUGACUUGGGAUGCGCUUGUGAAGUUGUAUGUUGAAGCUGGAGAAGUUGAGAAAGCCGACUCUUUGCUUCAAAAGGCAACACAACAGAAUCAAAUGAGACCGUUGUAUAGCUCAUAUAUGGCUGUGUUAGAUAAGUAUGCAAAGAGGGGAGAUAUUCACAACGCUGAGAAGAUCUUUCUCAAGUUGAGGCAGAAUGGUUAUAGCGGGAGAAUGAGAUUGUAUCAGCUCCUGCUUCAGGCCUACAUAAAUGCUAAGACUCCUGCUUACGGGUUUAGAGAGCGGAUGAAAGCUGACAACAUGUUCCCAAAUAAGGCGGUGGCAGCGCAGCUUGGAGCGAUUGAGGGUUUCAACAGAAAGACGCCGAUCUCGGAGUUGCUUGAUUGAAGGCUGCUUGUUUCCAAAGUGUUGUCAAGUAAUGAUUCUCGGUCAAAUGCUAAUUGGUAUGAUGGUUGGUUGAAUUUUGUGUGCGUAGAUUCCAGUAUAAGAUCCUGCGUAAUGGAGUUUAUUAUGGUGAGACUUAAUAGUAGUUAUAAUUUUGUUGUCUUUUUUCUUUCCCUGUGUAAUGCAUUUCCUAUUUCCCACCGGGAUACAAGGGUUCUAUUUUUUAUUUGCAGAAUAAAGUAGGUUUCUGUAGAAAUUUUUCGCA